AUGCAACUACCGGCAGUGCCAGCAACCGGUCCAAUCUACACAUAUAUGCAGACAAUCAACCAAGUUCUGAGACUUCUGCCCAUUAGGCCUUUCUAUGGUCUGUCCGGCCGUUUCUUAUUCAUAGGAUAUGUUGGGCAUGCGCAUCAACUCUCGCCUGUAUACUGGCCUGAAGAAUAUUUCGCUCUCGUGCAUCCGCCCCAUGACAUCCUGCGACAUGUCGGGUUCUUAUGUAUUAUGAACGACAACACGCGGUUUUCUAUCUACGAGAUAGAGAGCAGUGCCUCUGCUUUUCUCAAUGACUGUAGGACCAAUUUUUGUGCACCCAACUCACAUGGGGGCAUCUCCCCCAUCUGGUUGCUUGAUCAGCUAGCCGGUGUUCAGUUCACCCCAGCAAUAUACCCACACGGAUUCCCCCCUCCUGCUCCUCCUAUGCCCGUCAAUAUACUGGCUUGGCAGACCUCAUUCCCUCAACUGUCGUCCUCUCAGGCAGCGUUCUGUGAGACGAUGUUCCACCCAUCCCUAGAUUUCGAAUACGAGCCUACGAUCAUAGAACCGAGCUCCGUAUUCGAUAUCUUACCCACACCCACUUUGCCGGAUGAUGACAUUUCUGUCUCUGAUAUGAUGACCCUCGUUAAUACUCAUUCCUUCAGUGAGGCGGAGCCUCCCCACCCAGAUCUCCCUUGGAAAUGCACCGCCCAAGGCGAUCCCCUUGACAAAGGCCAAAAACUGUUGCUCAAAGGCUUGUUGGCAGCGUCACCAUGGGGUCGCUUGAUUAAACUGGCCAAAUACCUUUUUAUCGGGCAUUUUCUGGUCGGAAUGCCCGCCAACCCAUUCCUUGUUCCUGAGGCAAUUUCCAGGCAGUUGAUCACAACGAGCUUCUUGAGAGCUCUCCGCUUUUACCAAAAGACUUAUGAUGAGGUAAGUAGCGAGCCACUGAUGAUCGUGAAUGGCGAUGGGCAAGAGACCAUUGUGGGAUGGUCAUACUUGCACAACCGGUUUCAGGACUUCUAUAUAGAUGUCACUUCAGAACUCAGGAAAAUUACACGAGGUAGCACAUCCUCAUUGGCUGGGUUUGCGGUUGAUGAGGAUGUGAAGAUGCAGAAGAUUCUUGAACUCAUUGUCACGCUCAACUCGGAUGACCAAAGACUGGUUCAAGGCACUAUCUGCGACCUUAUUGGAACACAAGCCUUCAAGGAGGUCCUCUGGGCUGCAUUACUCCGACCUAUCACUGAGUUAGCUGAAGGCACCGCGAGAUUAGCGGAUCUAUACCCUGACACCAUUCAAACUUGGAUGGGUUACCUACGAAAGGGGAUCGUAGGCGUACUGACCACUCUCAUGUAUCAGGCGUUUACUUUGCAAAUACCAUCCGACUCUACCAACUUGAAAGCACCCGAGUUGUAUCCGAGAAUUAUGGCUGCGCUAGAUGAGAUGUAUAUGCAUCCAGACCGCUUCGCUCCCUUCUUCCAGGUGGCACCACUAGCCGACUUUGUUUGGCUUUAUUUGCCGCGACUGUUCCUGGGGUGGUCACUUCACAACCGCACUCUGCACAACCAAUCAGACUAUAUUUGGAAUAUUCACGAUGUCGCGCGUCAUCUACGGCCCUCAAAUUGGCAGCAAUUGCCGCCAAAACAUUUGACAGACGCAACUGGAGAUGUUAGCGGCCAAUCUGUACCUGAGGCGGCCACCACCCCGCGUCCACCAGGUCCAAUAAGGCAAUUGAUGCGUUUUUGUGCCGACGCUUGGGCACACUUCAUGCAAUGGUUGAUAUCGGUGACGUGCAGGAGAUGA